CAGAGUUGUGGCUCUUCCAGCCACUGGGCUGCAGCUCUGCUUCUUGGCUCCCGUGUGACAGAGGGCAUUUACAUCUCUCCAAUUCUUGCACAGCAGAUAUACAAAAAGGGACCUACUCGCAUUCCUCCAAAAACUUCCCUUGUAGUUGAUGACAGAGUUGACAUAAUUUUUCUUGGGGGCUUUUCAAGGAUGUGUUUGUAGCUCAACUGGAGCUUGUGUCUGGAGUUAGGUGGUCUCAGUGUGUGCAGGCUCAGUAUUAAUUAUGUGAAAGGAUUAGAAUGAAUCUGAUGCUUUUACUAGAUGCAGCAGUUGCAUCUCUUUUUAUCUAUUCAUAAGCAUCGUAGAACAUAGUUUGUAAUGAAGUACUAUAGGAAAUGCCAGGGAUUCUAGUUUCUCGGUGUGUGUGUUUAACUGCUAUUUAGCUUCUCACCAAUCCCAGAACAAAUCCUGAGAGUUUUUGUUUGAUUUAAAUCAAAGCUUUAGUCCUGUACAACAGCUGCAACAGCCCUCUAUUCAUAAAAGUGAGUGGGCCGGAAAGUGAGGGGGCCAGAGGAUGCUCACCAUAUGUGAUUAGGCCCUUUGUUAUGUAAAAGGAUUUGGUGACACAGGCUACCUUCUUAAGCCACUAUAAUCUGAAACUAAGUCAGAAACACCUGAUUUUCUGCCCAUUUAAAGAACUGAGUAGCAGAUGAAUUGCUAGUGUAUGUAAAACAAUUCAGCUUUCACGACUGCACUGUAAGAGCUGCAUGAUUUUUCAUUUGCAGGUUGGGCUGCAUUGAAGUGCUUUCCACAGACAUCUAAUCUAUUGCAAAGCGUUGCAGGACCAUGAUGGGUUAUCUGGAUGACGUGCCUUUCAGAACGUACAGGAGCUUUGAGGAUGGCUCUGCAAAGGGGACCAGUUUAAUCAGGCCCCCUGACAUUGAGGUUCCUGACUGCACGGAGAUCCUAAUGAGCACGAUGCACGAUUUCUCGUUGGAAAGGAAGGUGCUGUAUUGGAUUGAGGCUGCGUCUAGGCAAGCAACUCUCCAGUGUCAAGUGACCACAGAAGCUGUCCCAACAGCUCCACCUUGCUGGCUGCUUUUGGUUGACUCGAAAGAGAACUUGGGCCUCCGGGUAAAGAAGAACGAGGCGACUGAUGGAAAAGCCAGGGACGGCGCGACAUUUGGAAACCACGUUCGGCGAUGCAUGAGCCUCAGCGCUGUGGAUGUGAGCUGUGGCCGCCCCAGGGGCAGAGGUGUGCCCUCUGAGACAGAAAGCGAGGAGUGGUACUCGGAAGAGGAUGAGUUCUCUGUGGAUGAUGAGUACUCCUCAUCGACCUGUGAGGAAAGUAGCAAGGAGGAAGUAAUUGUCCCAAAGACCAAAACCAUCGUAAAGGCCGUGCCUCGUUUCCCUCGGCUGGAUCAGCGCAGGCCAAAGACUUCUCCAGGGCUGUUAGAGCCACCCUCUGAAAGACACUGCAAUGAAUCGAAUAGCCCCGAUCUGAACAAGCAGAGGAGGUCCCUGGUUUUGUUUAAUAAUGUGAAGAAUGAGUUGGAAGGAGCCAGAAAGAAGCUCGCUGCUCUAGUGCACCCUUUGUACAGAGCUUCUGUAGACAAGAAACUCUUGCCAAGACCGUUCUUGCUGCGACGGUGCUCUCGAAGAUACGCCCCUGCCUCUGAUGGGUCUUUGAAAGGGGCUCUCAUCCCGACACCCCCAUCCACCCCUUCUGACUACUUGAUGCCCCCAGCCACUCCUUGCCCCUACCCAACACCUCCAGCCACACCGUAUGAUUACCCAACACCCCCAGUCACCCCUUGCCCCUACCCAACACCUCCGGACACCCCUUGCAAUUACCCACCACCCCUGGUCACCCCUUUCCGCUACCCAACACCCCCGGACACCCCUUGCAACUACUCAGCACCUUCAGUUAUCCCUCGCAACUUCCUGACCCCUCCAGCCACCCCUUGCUGCAGUCGCCGGAAGCUGCCCACCACUAGGUUGAUGCCUCCGAUAAAAAAACACAAGCCUAUAGUUGCGUCCCUCAGCCCCUAUUCCUGCCUUCCAGCCCCUUCUGGGGCUGCGCGACCUCUGAGUUCCCACAGAACUCGUCCGGACUCCACGGCUGACCUGCUCUCGGCACUGAGCCAGGAAGAGCGUGACCUCAUCGAGCCAGUUUUAGCCUUGGGUUAUCCGAUCCGCAGAGCUAUCCUUGCUCUCCAGAAGACGGGAAGACAGAGUUUAGGUCAGUUUCUCAGUUAUCUUAGUGCCUGUGACAGGCUGUUGAAACAGGGCUAUGAAGAGGGGCAGGUGGAAGAAGCCAUGGAAAUGUUCCAGUACUCUGAGAAGAAGGCAGCUGAAUUCCUGCAUCUUUUAGCUCAGUUUGAUGAUAUGGGUUUCCAGCAAGCCGAAAUCAAAGAAGUUCUUCUGCUGUGUGAGAAUCAGAGAGAUAAAGCACUGGAAGAGCUCAUGACGCGAUCGCAGUGACAAAUGCCUGGCGACAAAGUGAUAUUUUUCCAGCAUUAGAUUGACUGCUGAAGCACCCUUGGCAUCAAUAUCAUUAUAGAGGCAUGAUUUUAAUUUACGCUAAAAAAAAUAAUAUAGCUCAUCUGAAACAAACUCUCAGAGCUGUCUCUCAUUUUCUUCUCUCAUUUUUGGACAUCUCACCCAGGGGAUUCAAAGGUUUUAUGUCAGAAACAGUUCUCUGCUUGCCCGCUCUGCACACGUGCACUGUGAACUAUCUCGGUAGCUUGGAUAAGACAGAAUUGGGCCCAAACCUCUUCU